AUGGGAGUCAAACCCCAGCUGGAAGAUAUCCUUGCCAGAAAAGACGAUGAGAUAUUGUUGUUGGAAUCUCGCGUACAAGCUUACAUCGAGCCCGCGUCUCUUCUUCAGACCCGUCUUCUGUCGACGCUCGACACGCUCGACUCCCAACAAGCGGGGCAUGCAAGAGAACUCGCGGCGCUUGCGCGGGACAGAGAGCGGCUCAAGGCGAAGAUUCAUCGAUAUGCGGAGGUUGUUAGGCUUGCAGAAGAGGAGAGAGACGACAUGAGGGAUGCUGUGUCGAAAUUGAUCGAGAAAGUGGAGAUAUCGAACGAUUACAGCAAGUGGCCGCACUCGCAGAUAUACCUUUCUUCUCUCGCUGACAUGCCUCUCAAACCCGGCCCUCUUCUGACACACCGACCGGUGGCCCCUCCGGAUGCUGAAGAUCUCCUCCAAUACGCUGCGGCAAUGCUGGAAAUCGUACGCCGCGAGCGAGAUUCGGAAAAGCAGGCUCAUGAGCGAACACGUGAAGGCCUCGAGGCGCAUAUUCUCGCACUUGAAGCCAAACUCAGCAGGCGGGAGGUGGAGUUGGAGUCAUGUGUGGCUAGUGCGGGACAUGGGGCGUCGCUCAGAGCAGCCAGUCCAGCAUGGGACAACACGCAGCGUGAGAGGAGAGCAGACGACAGACGCGAGAGCAGGAGUCAGGAGAGGCGGGAGAUCUCCAGUGAAGAGAUGAUCGGGAUGCUGGAUGUCACUGCAGCGCGUAACAAGGUCCUGGAGGCUGAGAUCAAGAUCCUAGCGCGACGAACCCUUGAAUUCCAGAUUAGGGAUCUGAGCUCGAAGAUCGACGGAUUCGCGGAGGAGAGACUAACGAUAUUAAGAGGAUUGGGCCUUAAUGCCGGUUUUCUGCCUCGAGCAAGUGGCGAAAACACUUCGCCGGAGCCACCAGCAAUUGAAGAACAAUUGGAACUUACGAACGAACCGCUCCAACAAAAAGAACUCCAGAAAGACCGCCAGGUAGAUGCGACGCUGCGUCAACUUGAGGAAGAAUGCGAAAGACUCCGGUCUUCAGAAGCCCGUCUCCAAGACCACCUCCAUUUCUUGCAAAUUGCGGCUCAGGGAAGGGAAGACGAGCUCGAAGCGCAGGUAGAAGUUCUUCGACGGGCACUUGAGUUGCAAAUACCUGUUAACGAAGGGGUUGGAACUGGGUCGGAGGUCGCCCAGGAGAUCCCUGCUCAACUGACACUUCCGUCACUUUCUCUGUCGUCGAUGCUGCAGGCACGACCCCCAUCAAGCGAUCCCCCACCCACGCGAUCAAAUCAGACAGGACGUGUCCGCGGCUCCACGAAAAUCCACCGGCAGUCAAUACCACCGUCAGGACCAUCAUCAAUAGCACCAUCAUCAUCAGCGCCAACAAUACCGCUGCAUCUGACGGUUGGCGCCCCGCAACACUCUAUCCAGCCUCAUCAGAGAGAUAACCUCGCUCGCGCCCCCACCCGCGCAUACCUCAGCCCACAACGUGCGGAUGAACACCCACUUCCAGACGAGUCUGAUCGCCCGCCUGUGGAUGCAUCUUCUAACGAGGCUGUCAUGGCGGAUAUGCAAGCGGACCGAGCGCUGGAACCACCUGUCAUUCUCGGUGCUAACUACGAAUCGAACUUGCACCCCGCUUCAAACCUGGUUCGACGACAAUCCUAUGCUCAGAAUCUCCUCGAUGACCAGCUCAGCGAUGGCGAGAUAUCGAUGGAGCUUGCCACGCCUUUGUUACCAGUCAGUGUGAUUUCGAUAUCUGACCAUCAGCUGCCUCCGCUCGUACCUCAAAUAGCGGAUUCAUCUCAGGCUCUGUCCUUAGCACCUGGAGCAGGAGGAGCAGAAAGGCCAUUAUCGACUCUGUCGCCACCUCUGCCCAUCGACAGUGUAGAUGUUGACGACCGACAUGGUAUUGUGGAAGUCGACGAUCGGAUUGCUGACGAGAUUGACGAGGAGAAUGACGAUCAUGGCAUCGAACUCGACAUUCGAACCGACUACGAACAUGAGCUAGUGGAUCUACAACCCAGCCCCAACCCAAACCUCAGCACAAGUGGCAGCAGCCCUUACUCCGUCACGGCAUCGAUGCCGCUGGACGAUCCCCGUUAUCAUUCAAACCCAUUCGAUAUCCAUGCAGAUCACGAGCAUCUGGAUGAUGCGGACGGUCCGCCCGGGUACGAGUAUGAGCACUCGUUCGACGACACGCACCAUUCGUUCGACUUACGGUCGGACGAGGGCUCGCCAACGUUGUCACAGAUGGUGCUCUCUGCGGCGGCUUCUGCGUCGUCCUCCGCUGGGCCGAGUUCAGGUGCUCGUUCAGGGGCGCAUUCUGGGACAAAUCUUCCAGAUAGCAUGCGUUCGCCUGCUCAUUCCCUGGGCGUACUGCACCCUGCCCAAACAUCUGCAGUUAACGCGAGGACAAGAGCCAGUGCUGAGGAUCUGACGAGCAAACUAGAGAAGGUCGAGGCUGAGCUGAUGAGCACGCAGACGGAGCCUGAAGUGGGAGAGGAUGCUUUGGGGCAUUUGGAGGACAUGGUUAGGGAGUUGAGGAGGCGCGAACAUGAGGGCGCAAAGGACGAGGGGCAGGGUAGGCCGCCUCGCUAA